ACGGCCCAUGACAACAAAUAGCGUCAAGAUGGCGAAGUUUUCCCCAGUGUGGUUAAAUGAACACAAGGCCUUAGUUGACUAUACAGACGUUGCAAAUGCUCCUUCGAAAGACUUUUAUCACGUUUUUGUUACCCCAACGCAGUUUAUUUUCCGAGUGUGGAAAAUUGUACCUCCCACAAGAGCAGACUCGCACGUUCCACCUUACGAGUUUAAGAAUACAUACGAAGAGUUUAAACACGAUGACAGGUGUCAAAGUGAAAUAGUGAGACUAGCUGGAGAACCAACAUUGAAUUAUUUGCUGGGUAUAGAGGAGGGUAGGCUAGAUUACAUCUGCAGAAUUCCCCGUGAAGCACAGAUCCGCAUUAUUCUUAACUUAGACUUGGAGGACAUUCAGAGACUGGGAAGGACUUGUAAAAUGUUCAGAGAGCUCUGCCAUUCAUGUGAACUGUGGGAGAGGAUCUAUCGUAGAUACAGCGAGACCCCCAUCACUCCAGAGCUCGAAAUGCUUGCCGCAGAGAAAGGCUGGAGGCGUCUUUUCUUCACCAAUAAACUACAGUUACAGAUGCAGCUGCGAAGGCUCAAGAAACAUGAAGGAGGCCAUGCCUUUGUCACAGAGAUGGAGACUGCAUAAAGUUUAGCUGAAGCAUUGUGGAAUUUGUUUAACACCGUCCAAAACAACAGCUGCUGUGAUAGCUUCUACAAUCAAGCCAGAUUAUCCACUCUGGACCAUUUAUAUCCAGGAGAAUUUAAAGUUUAUUUAGUUUGCACAUGUUAAAAGGUUUUUUUAAACUGCAAAUUCAUUCCCACUUUUCCAGUGAUGAACAAUUACCUCUGUGAUUUCAGUGUUUUAUUUAUAACUUAUGCCUUGAUUGUCAUUUAAGGUUGAAACAGUUGACAAUGUUAUGAGUGAACUUCCACCGUGUAUCUGUUUGGAUUUUGAUCUGGUUUUAGUGGUUUAGAAGCCAUUAUAAUGCAUGCAUACAAAGCCAUUGUUGAUUAUUUAAUGCAUUUAUUCACUGUUGUUCCCCAUUAGACCCUCACUGUAUUGUAUUUUGUGGUGUUUUCAUAUAUCGUCCAAUUGACCAGUAACACUGUAGAAGCCCCUCCCUUCUUUGCUGCCUUCAAUAUUCUUCCAUUUGUUUUGUGGGACAUGUUAAUGUAAAAAAAAAAAGUGCUUUAUCUUAGUUUUUAUAUUCAGUACAAUUGUUUUUACAACAAACUUUUUGUUCUAUAUGAAAUAUGGGUUUGAUGUUGUUAGCUACUUUUAAUUUUUUUUAAUUACCUAGUGCUUUUUCAUGUUACUGAGAACUUUCAUUUUGUGCCUUGACUAUUAGACCUGAGACUCUUUACUCUUUUUUGCUCAACGCUAUGAGUGCCAUAUGCUAAUUUUAACAACUGGUGGAGUACAUUCAACGAAGUGAUGAUAGAGCUAUGAUGAAGUGAUGAUAUAUAGCUAUGAUGGCACUCUCUCCUCUUAUAAUGAUGCUUGUUGCUCCUAUGAUAUGCAUAUAUAACCGUAGUAAAAAUUAAGUGAAAUCAUAGCAGGAGCAAUUAUUCUGGACUCCAUUGGUUGCCAUAGUAAUUAUAAGUCUUGUGGAAGAGGUUUUUUCUCUAUCAUAGCAAAAUAAGCAAGCAUGGCACAGUGAAAAUAAUUUGAACCUGUAUAUGCAGGUGGAAAAGGAGAAUAUAUUGUACUGGUAGUAAGAACUUUUGCAUAAUUUGUUAAAUGUAUAUAUUUUAUAGGAUAACAUAUCUUUAUUUAAACUUGCUCUCUGUUUCCAUCGACCUAGCUAGCUUUAAUGUAUACAGAGCCUCUGUUGAGUUAAAAUAAAAAUCUGUACUUCACUUUGAAAACUAUGAGUGAGAAAAGAUAAUUGUACAUGCUAACAAAUUCUUGAAAUGCCAAACAUUUUGUUUAAAAGUGUUUUGAUGAGUUUAUUUAUUCUUUCAUUUGUUGUGACCUAGAUAGUCAGGAGUCAAGUGCCAAUGCCAUUACGAUAUGGGGCUUUUCCCACAGAGCACAGGGUACAGAAUAUGAAAUAAAUUUCUCUGUUUGUGUAUGUAAGUUCUAGUAGAUAAAAGUUGAUAUGAUCAAAUCUGUGAAUUUAUAAAACUUGGUCACGUGUGCAUAAAAUACCAUACAAUUGUCAUUAGUUAUUGAAUAAAUAAUGAUAAAACAUU